CUCUUUUAUUAUGGUAAGUGUGGAUUGCACAAAGGGCCCCCGGCUGAGAGCGCUCCGUCUAGUCAGUUUCUGUCUCUGCAACUGACCAGCAAGAUGUGAAUUUGUCUCUGGCUGGCUGUGGAAAUUAUUUUUCACGUGGGGGUGGCGUUCGAUAGACCACGCAGCCCCUCCGCCAACUCCAGGGAGACCAUGCUCUAAGGCUUUUCUUCCAAAGCCAGCAACUGCUCGUGAGUCACCAUGGCAACCAAGCAACCCCCACCUCUAAUGAAGAAGCAUAGCCAGACGGACCUGGUGAGCCGACUCAAGACACGGAAGAUCUUGGGAGUUGGAGGGGAAGAUGAUGAUGGGGAAGUUCAUAGGUCUAAGAUCAGUCAAGUCCUGGGAAAUGAAAUAAAAUUUGCUGUGCGGGAACCCUUGGGGCUCAGGGUCUGGCAGUUCGUCUCUGCCAUCAUAUUUUCUGGGGUCGCCAUCAUGGCUCUCACUUUCCCUGAUCAGCUCUAUGAUGCCGUCUUUGAAGAAGAAUCCGUCAACAGCAAGACUCCUAUCAGGCUGUAUGGAGGAGCCCUCCUCAGUCUCUCCCUUAUCAUGUGGAAUGCCCUGUACACAUCUGAGAAGGUCAUCAUCCGUUGGACCCUGCUGACAGAAGCCUGUUACUUUGGGGUGCAGUUCCUAGUUACCACCAUCACCCUUGUUGAGAGUGGCCGGAUAUCCACAGGUGCCAUGCUCCUCCUCACCAGCCGGAUCCUCUUCACCCUUAUCACCGUUUACUAUUAUUACCAACUUGGACGGCGACCCAAGAAAGUCUAAUCCCUGAGGCUUUUUUGGGGGGGAGAGGAGGGGUUCUGUUAAUAACUUUCCUUUUUUUUUUUUUUUUGUCCCCCUUUUUGUUCUAAAGCAAUUCCCUUUUUUUCCCCCACUUACCAGCAUGAAUCAGUGUGUAAACCCAGGGCUGGCUCCAUUGCCACAUGAGGUGCAGGAGGAGAGCCAACCCCUGCAGCCCUCCCCAUAUCUGUCUAGAGAAGGCAAGUGAACACAGCAGGGAAGGCUGACAAGACGUAAGGACCAGUCAGGCUCAGGGACAAUGGAGGAAACUGGCCAGUGGAAUCACAAGCUCAGAAACCUUUUCAGCAAAGCACAAAAUGAUUGCAGCACAUAGAAACUGAAUCCCAGAGGGGAGAGGAGGCAAAGGACUCAAUCCAGCUCCUGUAGGCUUGGAGCCGUUCAUUUGCCUCUCACUCAUACAUAGAGCCUUUUCCCCCUUUAGUGAGUAGAUUUCAGCACUAAUCCUGGCCAGCCCUCUAAGGUAGGGCUGCUGACACAGCUCCAAUCAGAUAGUGUUGCGGUUUUUAGAGACAACACCCAAUGUAUUUACUCUGUGCUGACAGGACACACUGGGUUAAAUACAGCAAGAAAAGAGGGUGGCAUCUUUAUUCUCUUUCUCAUCACAGUCCUGUGAAACUCCAAGCCAAGCUACAUCCAAAUCUUGUGGAUCUCCGUAAGGGAGAGUGGUGCAAAAGGAUGGAGAAAACACUUGGGUUGCAUUAGGGGAGAAAGGUAAAGAGCUGUUGAAUAGUCUCUAAGACUGAAUAAGCCUCAUUGUCUUGGAAGUUUGGUAUAUAGUCUGGGCUGCUGCUUGUAUUUUUUCCCUUAAUUCCUAUUGCAGUAGUUCCCCUGCGGGUAACCCUAGUGAGUGCACUAGCAUAGAUCAGCCGAUGAGACUUUAACCAGUCCCCUACUUCGGUCUAGAUGAGGCCAUGGUUAAAAUACUCCUCUUAUGUCCUGUCUAUGCUAGAGCCCCCUCUUUGCUACUGCUUGUGGAGCUGUAUCACUGUUAGGGAGAGUGAGAAAAAGGCUCAUGUCAAUGAGGACUGCAGGGGGUAAAUCACUGUUCU